UUUGAUGGAGAUUCAGUAGUAGUUACUCCACCAACAGCAGAGCAUCAAAUACCAGGAGGGCCAAAUUUCCAAUGCAUCAACUUGGAUCGAAGGGAUAGUUUUCCUUUGCCUCAAAAUGGUCGAUCAUCAAGUCUACGUCGACAAAGCAUCGCUUUGAACGCUAUUAUUAAUCAUAGACGUGCAUUAAUAGGGGCACUGAUCUCGGGUAUUGGUAGCAACUUGUCUCUGCCAUCUUGUGGCACACAAGAUCAAAAUCCAGGACAAAGCAAUAAUACGUCAACAUCAACAGCGAACCAUGACUCGUGCUCGCAGCAUUGUCAAGAGAUCUCUGAUAAUCAUCGGCCUUAUACCAGAGCAGCAUCCCACCAGUAUUCGAAUCUACAACUUACGCCGGUCAAUAGCGCGGGCAUCCCAUUGUGUGCAUUGGAGACCUCUAAGUGCAAGCCGCACUGCCAUCGCCGCAGCGGAGGCUCAUCUCGGCACCGAAAAGAAAAGCAUCGCACGGAAUUAAUAUCCACGGUCAGCACACUUUAUGCUAAGCUGCUAAUAGUCGUCGGGGUGACGGUCCCAGUAACGGCUAGUGUGAGCCAAAGGGUUCCUCCUGCUCUUGAUCAGGGAUUUUAUUUGUACCUCUAUCUAGUGAGUGUAGGAUUUGUUAUCACAAUGUACACAAUAGUACUCCGAGAUAAAGCCGUUAAAAAAAUGCUGAUCCAGAAAAGAAAAGACGGAAUGACUUUUGUAUUGGACGACUUCACAGGAAAGCGGCAAAGUUUUCAGCAGGCGCAGCAGUAUGGGAGCUUUUGUCUGCGUCUAGGUGCCAUCGGGUUCGGAGCUGGCUCAUUAGUGUUUACUGGAUUGCAAAUCGGUGCUGCUAUUGCAUCUGCUGGUCCAUUAAAAGCGAUUACACCAAGUGCAAGGCUUCUUUUAGUGACCGCUCAAAUGCACUUUAUAUUUUUGAACAGCAAAGAUCUCGAACUCGCUAAGCACAGUCCUCUCGCUAAAUUAGGGCUCAUGCAUAUGAUUGCUACCAAUCUUUGUGAAUGGCUGCAGGCACUUGUAGAAGAGACAAGGCAUGAAAUCGCGCAUUUAGAAUUACACGAUCACGAGCUCAAUGAAGAAGGAAUACUAAAGACGCUUCUGACAGACGCAAGUCCCUUUUUAUUUCCUUGCACUAUUGAAUUCAGCCUGAUUUGCGCCGUUAUUCUUUUCGAAAUGUGGAAGCGCGUUGACAGAAUGGUUGUCGUGAAACACGACGGUUCUGCAAAGUCAUUACAUCAACUGAGCAUCGACUGCAGCAACGCUCAUAAAGGUCUCUUUGGCGGAAUUUUGGUAAUCGCAGCCACUGUUUUGAGUUUGAUAAUGUUUUUCGUCCUCAAAAAAUCAAAGUCAAAAAUGGCUAUUGAGCAAGUUACUGCUCUUGAAACCGCCAUUUUAAUUGCAGGUGCAAUCGCGUCUGUAAGUUGCGCACUUAAAUUACGGCGUUUAGAACUGAAGAACACGAAACCCGCACCUCAUCUUGACUCGACUUUGCUGGCAGCGGCACAAGCGGGUGUCUAUCUCCAUUGUUUAUUUGGUGCAGUCGGCGGGAUAUUGACAAUGGGCCCAACUUGGGUACUAUCACUUACCGCUGAUUUCAUCGCUUUGAUUCAAAGCACUAGUCAAACUCUUCUAGUCAAGAUUGCUUGGCGAAGACGCUCCUCGUCAACGAAGAAGCCCGGCAAGGAGCUCAUAACCUUCCUGAUUGUCGUCAACAUCGCUUUGUGGGCAGUCAACACUCUUGAGAAGUCCAGAGCUGACGUCAGGCCGGACCACCUUCAUUUCUUCGGCGUCUGGGCCUGGACUAUAAUCACCCACGUCUCGAUGCCACUGGCCAUUUUCUUCCGGUUUCACUCCUCGAUUUGCUUGUUUGAAGUUUGGAAAAGCUGCUACAAGUACAAACCGGCCCUACAUACUCGUCCUUAA